AUCUUUAUUAAGAUUAUUUAAAGAUAACAAGCAGAAUAGAUAUAGUUAAGAACUAGUCGUCGCCAGUUGUAAUUAAUCUUAACUUAGAAGAAAUAAAAGUUAUUAAUAAAGAAAUAAUUAUAUUUCAAUCUCACAGUGUAUAACAAAAUAUUUUUUUGUUGAUUUAUAUGAUAAUUUGGCAACACUGAUGAACUGUCAAAUCGAAACAUAACCUAUAAAUAUUUUCACGUGUAUUUUGUAUUUUAAAAUAUAGAAGAUAAAAAUGGGUAAAACAAGUAAAAUGGGUUUGGAAAAGAAAAAAGCUUUCAAAGUUGAAAUGAAAAAAAAGCGAAAAGAACUUCGAGCAAACUUAAAAUUAAAACGUGCUAAGUUAAUAGUAAGUAACCUUCCCUUUAAAUCAACGGAAGAAAAUCUAAAAGAACACUUCAACAAACAUGGAGAAGUAGAAAGUGUUAACAUAUUAAAAAAAGAUGAUGGUAAAAUGGUAGGUUGUGCUUUCGUUCAGUUUAAAUUAGUUCAAAGCGCUGCGAGGGCGAGACAUUAUCUAAAUGAAAAAGAUUUUUUGGGAAGAAAUCUUGUGGUUGAUUUUGCCAAACCCAAAAAUAAAUAUAAGAAAGAGAAAAAAGUAAAAGAAACAGAAUUAGUUGUAAAAGAUGAGGAUGUAAUUGAUUUAAGUACACUUAAAGAUAAAGAUGAAGUUAAAGAAGAAGUGUUAGACAUUAAAACUGAAGAUGAGUCUAUUAAAAGCGAAAAUGAUUCUGUCAAAAGUGAAAAUGACUCUGUUAAAAGUGAAGAAACGUCUGCUGAAAGUUCAGAUGAAGAAGAUAUUGAUGAAAAAAUUGAAGAAAAACCCGAUUUAAACAAAAAACCUCACAUGGUUUCUCAAGAUGUUUCAGAGGGUAAAACAAUUUUUAUUAAAAACGUUCCUUUUGAUGCAACAAAUAAUGAUUUAAAACAAUGUAUGUUACAAUUCGGCCCUGUUUUUUAUGCCUUAAUUUGUAUAGAUAAAUUAACUGAACACUCAAAAGGCACAGCAUUUGUUAAAUUUAAAAAUAAAGAAGAUGCAGAGAAAUGUUUAGAAGCAAAUGGAACCCACUAUCUUCACGGAAACCUUUUAGAUUUUCACUCAGCAUUAUCAAGGAAUGAUAUAAACCAAAAAACAGCUAAAAAACCUAGAUCUCAAGAUUCCAGAAAUCUUUAUUUAGUUAAAGAAGGGGUUAUUUUAGCUGGUACAAAAGCUGCAGAAGGUGUUUCAGCAACCGAUAUGGCAAAACGUCUUCAAUUAGAACAAUACAAAACACAAAUGUUGCGAAAUUUAAAUAUGUUUGUGUCAAGAACUCGUUUAAUUGUUCAUAACUUACCUGCAACUUGGAAUGAUGCAAAGUUCCAUGCAUUAUUGAAAAAACAUUCCAAUGAUAAAGCAAUAAUAAAAGAAGCUAGAAUAAUGAGAGAUUUACGAAAUGUUGAUGCUAGAGGUGUUGGAAAAUCAAAAGAGUUUGGUUUUGCAACCUUUGCAACUCAUGAAGAUGCCUUAAAAGUGUUACGUUCUCUUAAUAAUAAUCCAAACAUUUUUUCAGUAACUAAAAGGCCAAUUGUUGCAUUUUCGAUUGAAAACAGAUCAAUUGUAAAAGGUAAAGAAAAACGAUUAAUGAUAUCUAGACACAAAAAUCCAAAAUGUAAAGAUUUCAAUCCUAAUUUGAUAAAAAAGAGACAUGAAUUUGAUGAGAAAAAUAAAGGUAAUAAAUACGAAGAUUGGAAAGGUGAUGUGGAAGCGCAGGAAUUUUCAGGCGUUUCAGCUAAACCUGGUGUUAAAAAGAUGCGAAGUAGAUACAAUUUGAAAGUUCAAGCAAAGUUACAUUAUGAUAAUAUGAAAAAAGAGAAGAAGAAGAGCAAAAAUGAAACUAAGAGUUUCGAGGAAAGGAAAAAAGAUUUUAGGAAACAAGAAAAACAGAAGGUUAAUCAUAAACAAGAAAGUGAUCAUUUUUCUAAGUUGGUUAAUAAGUAUAAAGAGAGUUUAAUUGUUGCUCAACCUGCAAAAAAAUCUAAAUGGUAUGAAUAAAAAGAUUGUUGAAAUUAAA